AUGGCCACGAUCGAGGAAGAAAACCUAUACAAGAUCCUCGGCGUCCCGAGCACGGCGACGCAGUCGGAGAUCCAGUCGGCGUACAAGAAGAAGGCGCGAAAGCUCCAUCCUGAUGUGAACAAGGCGCCGGACGCCGAAGAUCAGUUCAAGCAGCUUGCGGCCGCAUACGCGAUCCUCAAGGACGAGCGGCAGCGCGCACGGUACGACAAAUACGGGAUUUCGGGUGGCAAGGCGGGUCGCGAACCUCCCAAACGGCGGUCCACCUCGUACAACACGAAUACGAAGUACCGCCCACGCGACUUCGGCUUCAACGACAUCAACUUCGAGGACAUCAAGGUCGACAACGACGACCUUCGAAACCCCUUCGACUUUUUCCUCAAGCGCGAACAGAAGCGCCGGAAGAAACGCGACCGCGAAGUGUCGCUCGGUAUCUCCCUCGAACACGCCUUCCGCGGAACGACACUCAACAUGGUGCUCGACCUUCCGCUCGACGACGGACGGACCGAAACGCGACGCAUCAAACUGAAGAUUCCAAAGGGCGCCAAAGAAGGUGACCGACUCAAGCUCAAAGAUCCCGACGUUACCGUGGUGCUCAAGAUCGAUUCGCACUCACGGUACGAAGUCGAGGGCCGCGACAUCUCCACCACGCUCGACAUCACCCCUUGGGAAGCCGCGCUCGGUGGCACCGUCGACGUGUCGACGCCGGGUGGAUCGGUCAACCUUCGCGUCCCCGAAGGCACGUCGUCCGGACAAAAACUUCGACUCCGCGGCCAGGGCCUUCCGCUCAAACCCGGACGCGACGGAACGCCCGGCGACCUCUACGUCACGGUGAAGAUCGUCGUUCCAAAAAAUCUGUCGGCCAAAGAACGCGAACUGUUCGAACAACUCGCCACCGACAGCGGCUUCGAUCCACGCGCCGGUUACUGA